AUGUUUGUUCUUCUUUCAUUUUUCUCUCUGUUUAUCCUCGUACAUUUUCUUACUUUGUCCAUUAGGUUUUUGUUUUCUUUCUUUAUCUUUUCUUGGUCCCUCCCCUUUCCUUUCUUUCAUUCAUUCUUUCUUUCUUUCUUUCUUUCUUUCUUUCUUGCAAGCUUUAUUGCCAUAAUCCUACGUUCGUCUUUCUUUUUUCGUCUUUCUUUCUUUCUUUCUUUCUUUUCCGAAAUCAUAAUAUGCUCUUUCUUUUUUCUUUAUUUAUUCUUUUUUUCCUAUCCUGAGAGUCCAUCUUCUCCUUUUAUUCGUAUUUUUGUUUCUCUAUUUAUCAACUUGAAUUUUUUUUUCCAUAAAUCUUUUCUUUUUUCUUUAAUACUUUUUUUAAUUUUUCCUUCUUUCAUUUUUCGUAAUUCUUUUUUUCUUUCUUUUUUCGUAAUUUUUUUUCUUUUCUUUUUCUUUUUUCUUAAUUCUUUCUUUUCUCUUUCUUUUUUUUUUUUCCUUCUUUUUCUUAAUUCUUUUUCUUUUUUUCCUAAUUCUUUUUUCAGAAUUUUCAAUUCUUUUUUUUCCAUUUCUUCUUUCUUUUUUUUUCCUUUUUUCGUAAUUUCUUUUUCUUUUUUCCUAAUUCUUUCUUUCUUUCUUUCUUUCUUCUUUCUUAAUUCUUUCUUUCUUUCUUUUUUCUUAAUUCUUUCUUUCUUCUUCUCAUAA